AUGCGUAUCAUUAGCUUGCUGCCUGCCUUGCUGGCCACCAUCCCCGCUGUUACUGCGGCCGGCACUCUGGGGCUUGCUCUUGGCAACAAGAACGCAGACGGCAGCUGCAAGGCCACCGGUGACUACGAGGCCGAUUUCGAGGCACUCAAGAGUGUGACUAAAAUCGUCCGUACCUAUUCUGCCAGUGACUGCAACACCGCUCAGAACAUCAUUCCUGCCGCCAAAAACAAGGGUUUCAAGGUCGUCUUGGGUAUCUGGGCCGACUACACUGAUUCCUUCAACAACGACUUCAAUGCUCUGAAACAGUCUGUGCCCGGCAAUGAAAACGUUGUCAGCGCAAUCACUGUCGGCUCUGAAGUCCUUUACCGCAAGAGUCUUACGGCUCAACAGCUUUUAAGCCUGAUUCAGCAAGUGCAGAACCAGUUCCCCAAGGUAGCCGUGGGCACCGUGGAUAGCUGGAACAAGUUCGCCGAUGGCACCGCUGAUCCCAUCAUCCAGGCUGGGGUUAGAUACCUCUUGGCCAAUGGGUUUGCUUACUGGCAGGAUGUUUCUCUCGCCAAUGCCAAACAAGUGUAUUUCGAUGAUGUUUACGCUGCUAAGGAGCGUGUGAAGCAGAUCGCUGGCUCAAAUGCUAACAACAUCUACUUCGGGAACGGCGAGACUGGCUGGCCGACUGAUGGAGGAUCCAACUAUGGCAAAAACUCCGUCGCUGGUACCAAGAAUGCUGAGCAGUAUUAUCAGACCUCGGUUUGUGCUAUGCUAGCCUCCAACAUUGACGUGUUCUACUUUGAGGCCUUCGACGAGUCUUGGAAGCCCAACAGUGUUGGAGACAACGGCCAGUCAAUGGAUGAGAAGCACUGGGGUCUCUUUACUGCCGAUCGUAAGCCCAAGUUCAACUUGAAUUGUCCGAACUAG